AUGACGGAACAAAGUGCCUCACCAGAAGAGCCAUGGCAUAAACAGACAGACGGCACUUUCAGUGACAACGGCUUUGACCACAAUUUCUUUGCAGAAAGUGCUCGUAAGGGAUCAGUGGUGUCAAGAGCCAACAGUAUAGGAUCCACAAGUGCCUCCUCAGUACCAAAUACAGAUGAUGAAGACAGUGACUACAGACAUGAAACCAAGGACUCGUAUAAGGACCGCAGGAGACAAGCCCACACGCAGGCCGAGCAGAAACGUCGAGAUGCUAUCAAAAAAGGAUAUGAUGACCUGCAGACUGUAGUGCCAACAUGCCAGCAGCAGUCUGAGUUUGCCAUGGCCGCACAGAAAAUCAGCAAAGCCACGGUGCUUCAGAAAACCAUAGACUACAUUCAGUUCCUUCAUAAAGAGAAGAAGAAGCAGGAAGAGGAAGUGUCCAAUCUGAGAAAGGAGGUGAUGGCUCUGAAGAUCAUGAAGACGAACUACGAGCAGAUUGUGAAGGCCCACCAGAAUAACCCUCAGCAGGGCAGCAAUCAGGUGUCUGAUCAGGUGAAGUUCAGCGUUUUUCAAAACAUCAUGGAUUCCCUGUUUCAGUCGUUCAGCACCUCGGUGUCAGUCGGGAGCUUCCAGGAGCUCUCGGCCUGCGUCUUCAGCUGGAUCGAAGAACACUGCAAACCACAGACCCUGAGGGAGUUUGUGGUGGGUGUUCUGAGGCAGCUAAAUGGACAGCUGUACUGAAGUGCUGGAGAUUUCUUACUCAGGAUGUCAAGAUAAAUUCUUCAGGCUGCUGUACAUGUGAAGCUGAGCAAUCAAGGCCUCCAAGUGCCUGUCGCAAUGCAAUAUGGGAUACAGUGAACAUUUUGGUAUCCUGCACACACAAAGCUGAGUCGGAUGUGGUGUGAUUGUAAUUUUUACCGACAAUUGUGCCUGGUUAUUGCAGUAUGGUGUUAAAUAAGCUUAUUUUCUUCUAAGGUUGGAUUGUGUAGUGUUAUAAUUCAGCUGUCUGGACUGGGGCGUGUACUAAGUGUUUUAGUGGGGCAAAAGAAAUUGACACACAUUUUAAGUCUUAACGCCGGUGCAAACAUGGUUUUAGAUGUUCAGGAUUUGUUUUAUUGAGCUUCUACCAACCCAAAUUGGCAGAUUUCACUCGUUAAGCACAGUGCACAUAUUCUUUUGAUGAUUUAAACAGGAAGGAGAUCACACCCACACCACUAGAAGUAUCGGAGUGACACACCUCAGAGCCACGUAAUGUUCAGUCAAUGCAAUAACGUCAGUGUUUAUCAUAUGUGUGUGUACUCAUUUGCUUACCUCUGAAAUCAAAAUGCAAAAUGUUAAACCUCAUUCAGAUUCCAAAGCACGACUUGGAACUUUGUGUUUAGAGCAGCAGUAUAAUGGUGUAGACGUGUGAUGUGUACCAGCACCAAAUGUGUCAUCCAAAACACUCACUCACAGUUAGGGUUGCGGGGAGGGUGCUGGAGCCAAAGGCACACGGUAACACCCUUGAGGGGGCACAGACACACACACACACACACACCCAUUCAUUCACCUAUAGGGCAAUUCAGUAUCUCCAAUUAACCUGACUGCAUGUUUUUGGACUGUGGGAGGAAACCCACACAGACACGGGGAGAACAUGCAAACUCUGCACAGUAAGGACCCGGACCCAGGAUGAUCUCGCUGUGAGGCGACAGUGCUACCCACCGAGCCACUGUGCCACCCUUUUUAAAAACUUGUAUUUAAAUAUAAUGGAUUGAUUAAUGUACAGGUUGCACAGCAAAGCUGCUGUAUGAACGUUUUCAGUCCAGCGACCCAGCACAAAAACGAAUUAUGAUAAGUAUUUGUUCCAGUCUUUCAGUCCCAGACGGAUUGCCGUGAUUAUACGUGUGUACUUUUACUUUUAAACUCAGCUGUAUAUUCAUGUUUGUACAUUUCUUGUAUUUAUGUGAUUUAAUGCAGCACCAGGAUACAGAAAAGCUUUAAUGAAAAUCUACUGUACUGUGAUCGUCAACCAAAAUUAGUCUAGUAUCAUUAGCUUCAGUGAGAAAGUGUUUACGGGAAAACGUUUCUCUGUUCAUUCAGGUUCUUAAUGUUUAAUCAGUGCUGAAGAAAAGGGAGUCGUUUUGUUUUUAGCCAUAAUGUGGACCACUCCACUCAGAUCACGCUCAGACACUCGCUCAGACACUCACUCAGACACUCGGGGCAUCAGCAAUGCAGACGAUUUUUUUCUCAAAGCUGCCUAUGUAUUCACACCGGAGAUUCUUCUUCUGAUAUUUUGUAUAAAUGCAGUUUGUAAUUAAAAAAUACAUGUUUAAUGAUGUA